UCAAAAUGUCGAGACCGCAAGUCGAGGCAGUUUCGAAAGCCUUUGGCGAUACUUUGUUAGGAGCAGGAUUCGAUAUCCUAAAGUCAAAAGCUGGAGACCAACAUCCAGCAGGGCCACCUCAACAUGGUGCCAUGGGACAGGCCGAGAGGGCCUUCUCUGCUGCAUCGACCUUCCUCUCAGGGGUACUGGCCAUAAGCGCUUCGCAAUUCAUCGGCGCUCCGCUGAAGCUCAUUGACCCUAAAUUCUACGAUGGAUACAUGGCAUGGACCAAAGAGUCUUUUGCUGUCCUGACCGCGACCAUGACCCAAUGGUGGGCGCCUACUGCUGUCCGAGUCACUGGAGACGAGAGUAUGAAGGAUCAGCUAUAUCAAAUGGAGGAUGGAAGUCUUCGAUGCAAUNUUCCUCAUCGCCUUGUCAUGAUGGCUAACCAUCAGCUUUAUACUGACUGGCUAUACCUCUGGUGGAUCGCUUAUACCAACAAGAUGCAUGGACGCAUCUAUAUCAUCUUGAAGGAAUCCUUGAAAAACGUUCCCAUCUUUGGUUGGGGUGCCCAAUUCUACAACUUCAUCUUUNUGUCGCGAAAAUGGGAGACAGACAAGAGUCGCUUCCAACGGCAUCUUAGCCAGCUCAGCAAUCCCAAAGACCCUAUGUGGCUGCUGAUCUUCCCUGAAGGCACAAACUUGAGCGAGACCACUCGUGCGAAAAGUAAAGCCUGGGCAGACAAACAGGGCAUCAGCGACAUGAAGCAUCAACUCUUGCCUCGCAAAACCGGACUUCAGUUUUGUCUGCAGCGGCUAAAAGAGUCAACGAAUUGGUUAUACGACUGCACAAUUGCAUACGAGGGCAGAUGGCUUAAGAAUCGCUGGACUGAAAAAGAUUACCUUUUGGAGCACUUCUAUCGCCAUGGCUCUUUCCCUGCCGGAUGUCCGAUCAAAGCCAUGCAAGCCGAAGCUGCACUGCAAAAGCUUGCAAAUGGCAAUGGUCACGGAGAAAAGAAAGUCAUCAAACCAGUCAACGAGACUGCCAAGUUCAUCACUACCGAAGUCAAGGCAGGUGGAUGGGAGGAGUUCCUCGCUAUCUUUGCUCCCAUUACCGCUGCUGCAACAGCACUUUCAAGUGGGGAUAUAGCGCCUGGAAAUAUCGACUUCGAUGCAUUACUGAACAAGGUGGCCCAACAGCAACAACUGAAUCUGCUGAUGGCAGGAAAGGCACCAAAGGCACCACAAUCGACCGAGGACAUGCGGCAAGCUCUGACAUAUGCUGCGAAAUCAGCAGGUGGUCAACCAAUCAAGGGGUCCACGGUAGAAAAGAUCACAAGAGACGCCGCUCGGACUCAAAGAGAGAUCGAAGAAUCCAUGAGAAAGCAUCCUCUGCCAGAGUCAAGCGAGAAGCCAACAGCUGGACGAAACCUCGACCCUAAGCUGAAAAACACGAUUGAUAGCGUACAUGAAGAGACACGGAAGCGACUCAUGCGAGCUUCGCAGACGGCAUCUCCAAAACCAGCACCAAGCGUUCGCAAGUCAUUGCCAAUGACACCUACGGAAACUGCCAUUACACGGCCUCUAUCGACAUUGGCGAUGGCAAAAGCCAAACAAGGUGUACAGAAGAUUGCCGAGAACAAACAGAAGCAACGGACAACACCUGGUGCGAGCAAGGCCGGAACGUCGGCUUCAUCAGCAGCGACAAAGCAGCCAGCUCGAGUAUCGAGUGUUAGCAAGAAACCGGGUGUCCCAAAUGGUACUGCAGCGAGUGGCAAGACUACCAAUGCCAAAGCUCCUCAGAAGGCAGCAGCUAAAUCAGCGCCUGUCAAAAAGGCUACAACAUCU